AUGGGCCGACGGAAAGCGCUGCUUAUUGGGAUCAACUACAUCGGCUCGCAGCACCAGCUCCAAGGCUGCGUUGACGAUGUCAACAACAUGGCCGAGUUCCUUGCGUCGCGGGGCUUCUCCAAUCACCCCGCCAACAUGGUCGUUCUCACCGACAUGAACGACCCGCGCGGACCUUAUUUCCCAACCGCGCACAAUGUCCUCGCCGCGAUGAAUUGGCUGGUCAGUGAGCCCGGCUGUAUGUGCUUCUUUCACUAUUCGGGCCACGGCGGUCAGGUGCCGGAUGAGGACGGGUCUCAUUCGAGUGGGUUUGCGGACACGAUCGUCCCCGUGGACUUUGAGAGAACGGGCCAGAUUGAUAGUUCGACGUUGCAUCGGGCCCUGGUCAGCGCCCUGCCGCCGAGCAGCACCUUGUUCAUCUUGUUCGAUUGUUGUCAUAGUGGUUCCGCGGUGGAGUUGCCCUUCGUAUACCGGACUGAUGAUGACGGAAACGUCAAUCUUAUGGAUAACCUGAGAGCUGGCGCCGAACUGAUUGGGGAGGCCUCACAUCUCAUCCGAGGGGACUUCGCAUUCGACAGCGCGGGAGAGGCGCGCCAUCUCCUUGCCGGGGCGACCUCGUUCUUCCGUGGUCUCAAGCACCAGUACGAUGGCGACUACGAGGAAGGCCUGCACAGCGUGGGCGAGUUUGAAGAAGACUGGGGCCGCGAGAACCGAUCGGUCUUUAUGUUUUCGGGCUGCAAGGACGAACAGACGUCUGCGGACGCAUUCAUCAACGGCCGACAUGUUGGUACGUUAUGUUUCAUUUCUACCCUCCUUGAACCCUCACACCCCUCAAGCCCAAACUAUCUCAUCCCCGCCAUAUGUACCGUCUUGGAAGUUGGAAUCAAUCAAUCCAUUUCUGACAAUGGAUGGGAAUUUUAG